AUGUCAUCAGACGACGACGCAUACGGCCCCGCGCUGCCCCCAGGCCUUGUGAGGAAGAAGCCUGCGGGCCCAUCACUACCGUCCUCCGCCGGGCUCGCGCGCUCCCCGUCCAAGAGCCCCACUCGGGCACCCUCCAUCCGCCCAGCGCGGCCCGGAUCCAUCUCGCCGCCGCGAAUCGGCCCAUCACGACCAGGUCCUGUGGGACCAUCGCGGUCUGUAGGCCCCUCGCUUCCGGGUCCUUCACUCCCACCCGGCCCCUCGCGUCCUCCAGGCCCCUCUCUUCCCGGGCCAUCUCGUCCUGGCCCGUCUCACCCACCCGGCCCCUCUCGUCCCCCCGGGCCCGCCCCACCUCCCGACGAUGACUCGGACGACGAAAUCGGGCCGCAACUGGCCGACCUCGCGCCGGUGCACGCCUCUGCCGCCGACGCCUUUCGUGAGCGCGAGGCGCGCAUGGCGCGCGCGCGCGAAGAGGCCGCAAACGCACCGAAGAAGCCGCAGCGCGACGAGUGGAUGACUCUCGGCCCACCCACAGGUCUCUCGCACAUCGACGCGCUGAAGCGCCCCACGCAGUUUCAGAAGCACUCGCGCGAGGUCGCCGCCGUCGACCAGGGAUGGAUGGAGACGCCGGCGGAGCGCGCCGCGCGCGUGCAGCGCGAGCGGGAGGAGGGCGGGGCGCGCAAGCGCGGCCGGCCAGAGGAGGAGGGCGAGGCCAAGGCGCGGCGCGAGCGCGACGAGGAGAUGCGGCGGCGUAUUGAGGAGCAUAGCAAAUCGAAGCGUGGGGCGAGUCUUAUGGAGCAGCAUGCGAAGAAGAAGAAGGACAAGGGCGCGUCGCCGCCGCCCAUCUGGGACCAUGACAAGAUGAUGGGCGUCGGGAGCUUGUUGUCUGGCGAGGAGCAGGUCAAGAAGAUCAAGGAUCAGGCCAACCUCGGCGACAGGUUCGGGCAUGGUCGCGGCGGGGCGUAUAUGUAG